AUGAGGUACCCGGCAGGAUCGAUUGAUUUAGCCGGCUCCCGGCCCAAUAUCGUCCUGUUCCUGGCAGAUGAUCUUGGAAUCGGAGAUCUUGGCUGCUAUGGUAAUGACACCUUAAGAACUCCCAAUAUUGAUCGCCUGGCCCAGGAGGGAGUGAGACUGACCCAGCACAUCUCGGCAGCGUCUGUCUGCACCCCGAGCCGAGCAGCCUUCCUCACAGGGAGAUACCCCAUCCGCUCAGGCAUGGUCUCCAGUGAUGGAUACAGAGUUCUUCGAUGGACUGCAAGUUCGGGGGGGCUCCCCCCAAAUGAAACAACUUUUGGAGAGAUACUACAAGAGCAAGGCUAUUCCACUGGAUUAAUAGGGAAAUGGCACCAGGGGCUCAACUGCGAACGGCGUUCAGACCACUGCCACCACCCGCUGAACCACGGGUUCGACUAUUUCUACGGGAUGCCCUUCUCCCUCAUGGGGGAUUGCAAGCUCUCCCUGCACUCGGAGAAGCGGGCCCGCUUAGAGAGCCAGUUCUCCCUGGCCGCCCAGAGCCUCGCCCUCGCCAGCCUCACCCUGGCCCUGGGCCGGGCCGCGGGCCUGCUCCCGGCCCCGUGGAAGCUGAGCGCCUCCGUGGCCGGGGCCGCCGUCCUGGCGUCCGCCGCCUCUCGCCUCACCCACGCGCUCAUCAAGCACGGGGACUGCUUCCUGAUGAGGAACCACCUGAUCGUCGAGCAGCCCAUGGUCUUAGAGAGGACGUCGCCCCAGAUGCUCAGGGAGGCCGUGGCCUUCGUCGAAAGGAACAAGAAGGGACCUUUCCUCCUCUUCAUCUCAUGGUUGCAUGUCCAUUCCCCACUGGUGACCACAGAGAAGUUUCUGGGAACAAGCAAACAUGGCUUGUACGGGGAUAAUGUAGAAGAGAUGGAUUGGAUGGCCAAGUUCUGGAUGCUUUAGACAAGGCGGGUUUGACAAACCGCACCCUCACGUACUUUGCCUCCGACCACGGAGGAUCCUUAGAAUCCCGAGAAGGGAAUG